AUGCAUUCUGAUGUCGGUGACUGGGGUGUUGGGGUUGCCACCGACGACGUGAUUGCUGUCAAGCGGUCCAUGGAAGCUCCGCAUCCCAAUCCGCCCCGGUCGAAGCGGCCCCGUGUCGCCGAGGAGAACCGGAAGAGAGCGGUGAGAGCAUGCGAUGGAUGUCGGAGAGUCAAGGAGAAGUGCGAAGGCGGCGUGCCUUGUCGGCGAUGUCUCCGUUAUCAGCGCCAAUGCGUCUUCAACACGCCUCCGGACCAGGGAGAGAAGGUCUCCAGAUCUCUCGACAGGAUCUCCGAACGCACCGCCAGCUUCAGUCGCGAUGAUGACGCGGAGGCAGAGCGUGUGCGAUAUAUGGAACGCAUCUUGGCACACUUCGUGCCCAAUAUCUCGUUUGACCUGCCGUCCCUGCGCAAAACCGCCGAGGACCUGCAGAAGAAACACCGGGAUCAAUCCGACUCGGACGGCCCUCCGACACAAGUCGAGGUCGAUGACCUCGACGAUCUGGCCAUCGAAGACGAGGAUUUUACCAUUCGCGCGCUGCCCGACAACACGAUGCAGUAUUCGGGAGAAUUCUCCUAUCUGAACUUUUCCAUGAAGAUACGACGAAAGAUUGAUGAAUGGAUGAAAAAUGCGGCUCAGGAGGUACUCUGCCUUCCGUUCUUUAUCAAAUUCGGUAUUAACAUUUCUCAGGAUCCCCCAGAGUCAGUGCCAUUCGAAGAACGUUGGCGUGCUACUCAGCUCCAGUCGGGCACCGCUCUAGUGUCAGCAGCUAUCUCAUGCCUGCCGCCUCGCUACGUGGCCGACUUUCUGCUCCAGACGUUUUACAAGUAUGCGCAGACCAAUAACUUCUACGUGGAAGAGGACUGGCUACGCGAGAAGCUCAGCACUUGCUACAACAAUCCCGCCAGUCUCACCUCUAGCGACGCGCCAGCCGUGUGCGCCAUUUUGAUGGUUCUGGCAAUUGGCACGCAGUUCGCCCAUAUGGAUUCUCCCACCCCCGUCAACAAGCUCACGCCCGGAUCUUCCGCAGACGACCACCGCUUUUCAGAAGAUGAGGUGGGCCUGACCUUCUACAACUUCGCAUCCAAGCUGCUACCGGACAUAAUCGCCACCGCCUCCGUCCGAAGUGUCCAGGCCUGUCUGCUGAUGGGAACGUACCUCCUCCCGCUGGAUACGUCGGGGCUUUCUUACACCUAUUUCGGCCUUGCGCUCAAGCUGGCCAUUCAGAACGGCAUGCACCGGAAAUACUCUGGAGAAGAUCUGGACCCGCACAUGCUCGAAGUCCGAAACCGAGUUUUCUGGACCGCUUACACGCUUGAAAAACGUAUCAGUAUUCUACAUGGCAGGCCGGCGUCGAUCACCGAUGCUGACGUGGAUGCGGAUUUGCCGGUCGACCUGCCCAGCCUACGACCGCAGACUCAAGUGUCCAACUUCACUAACAUGGUGGCCCUGAUCACGUUGACGCUGAAGCUCGGAGAAAUUGCCAACGAGAUAUCUUCAUUGCGAAAAUGCCGGAAAUGGCAGCAACCGGGGUGUCUGGAGAAAUUGCUCACGCAGCGGAAACAACUCAUCGAAUGGUGGGCCACGUUGCCGGAAGAGACGUACUGUCGUGACUUGAAUCCGGCCGGCGGACUCUUUCGAUCCAACGUCCAUCUCAAGCUCGACUACUGCCUGACCCGAAUCUUUAUUGGACGGCCGUUCCUCUUCAGCAACGUGAAGGGUAUUAAUCCGGCGUCAUCCGGUGGCACGUCCCAGGCUUCGGUUAAUAGCCGAUCCAAGACUCGUUCAGUCUUGGUCACGGACUGCGUCGAAGCGGCGCUCGAGAUUGUCGAUCUGUGUCGACUGCUGCGGGACGAGACGGGUCUUGCUCGGGCGUCUUAUACCGAGUUCAGCUCCUGUCGGGCCGCACUCCUUGUCAUCCUCGCGCAGAGUUUAACAAAGCGGACGGAGCGUCUCCGGAAUGCUCUAUCACAAGGGAUGGGAUUGAUCAAGAUCAUGUCGAUGGGGGUGGGAUCGGCACGGUCGGCGGUCAAUGUGAUUGAGGCGCUGGAGCGUGCGAUCCGUCGCCUGGACGACUGGAGUGAAUCGCAGGCCCAGAAUCGCCAGGACGUGGUCGACUCUGGCUAUGAGCGGUUCAAGAACUGGGAGAUGUUGUGGAAGACGGGGCCGAUUUCGCCCGCCACAAGCGCGACAACAGCAACGGCGACGACGACCAACAUCGCCGGCCAGAUUCCAAGAACAUCGGGCGGUGCUGCGCCACCGCCUUCACUGUCCUCAGCGGCUGCCGCUGCUCCAAUGGAUGUUGGCAACAGCAGCAACAGCAGCAGUAAUGGACCAGAACCGCACAGCCAGAACGACACCACCACAGCCCAGGUCGGCAGCACUAGCAGCACAGGUGCUCCGAUGCCACAGGUGGACUUUGGCCAUUCACCGGCAGGAUCCGCAGCCCAACCACCGCAUUUCGGGUUUGACGGGUUUAUCUCGAACUUCCCGCAGGAGCUGGACGAAUUUGCCGCCAUCCCGUGUUUUGACGCCGAGGUGUCGCACGGCGUCAGCGGGGAGGUGGACGGCGGACAGGGGGAGAGUAAUGAUGGGAGGUGGAUGCCAUUUAUGACGGAUUGA